GUGGAAGAAGGGUGUACAGCGUCAGUAAAGUCAGUAACUAGACAUGAACGUAUUUAGAUAGGGAUGUUGAAUGCUGAGUUCCUUAGUUUUAAGGUUACAAGACCCAAUGAUUUACACUUUAUAUGGAUUCGCAAUAUUUUUUUUGGUGUUUUGGUGUGCACUAUGGAUAAUUCAUUUGUUAGCAAUAUUUUAUGGUAAAUACAGACUGCAUAGAAAGGUUAAACCCUUAUCUACAGAUGAACCUUACCCCGGUGUCUCAAUUUUAAAGCCCUUAAUGGGGACUGAUGCCCAUUUGGUCUCAAACUUGGAGACCUUUUUUACCAUGAAUUAUCCAAUGUAUGAAAUCCUUUUUUGUGUCGAAGAUGCAAAAGACCCAGCAAUAGAAGUAGUUAAUGCAUUAUUAAAAAAAUACCCCAAUGUUCAAGCUGAAGUUUUCAUUGGCGGCUCAAAUGUUGGUGUUAAUCCAAAAAUUAAUAACAUGAACCAAGCAUAUGAAGCCUCUAGUUAUGAUUUAAUUCUCAUAUCGGAUAGUGGUAUAAGAAUGAAAGAAGAUACUUUACUUGAUAUGGUAGAACAUCUGACUGAAAAAACUGGCAUUGUACACCAGAUGCCUUUCACAUCUGAUUUUAGACCUGGAUUUGCUGCCACCUUAGAGAAGAUCUAUUUUGGUACCGCACAAUCAAGGAUGUACUUAGGGGCAGAUUUGUUAGGGGUCAACUGUCACACGGGCAUGUCAACACUAAUGAGGAAGACUGUUUUGGAGGACCAGGGUGGUUUGAAAAAAUUUGGCUGUUAUUUAGCUGAAGAUUUUUUUAUAGCUAAGUCAUUCCUCGAUAACGGAUGGAAAACUGCCAUUAGUAGUCAGCCUGCUCUACAAAAUUCUGGUAUCUGUGAUGUAAAUAGUUUUCAAGCCAGACUUACAAGGUGGGCCAAAUUGCGGGUGGCCAUGUUACCUACAGUCAUAAUUCUUGAACCACUCUCCGAGUGCAUGGUGAUCGGAGCUUGUGCAGCUUGGGCGGCCAGCCUGUUGUUCCGAUGGGAGCCCCUAGUUUUUUAUUUAAUUCAUAUACUGGUAUGGUUCUUGUGUGAUUGGAUGUUGUUGUCAAUAAUACAAAACGGAUCUUUACCUUUCAAAAGAUUCGACUUCAUCAUUGGAUGGCUGUUUCGUGAACUCUCCGGUCCUUACCUGUUCCUUCUAGCUCUGUGUCAUCCUGAAAUUAAAUGGCGUAACCGUGUAUUUAAACUGACUUGGGGUGGUAUGGCGCAGGAGGUCAAACCUUGAAUCAAAGAUUAAAUGUGUCAAGCGAGACUUCAAUAUACCAGUUGUAUCAAAUACCUGAUGUACAUUUUUUUAAUAUUGUAUUUGAUUUCGUUAUGUAUUAUUUAUUUGAUUUUUGUUACUUGCUACGUGUUGCGAAAUGACGGAUACUUUUUUCGUUUGUUACACUUUAUGGUGUACUAAUUUUUGAUAUAAUAGCCAAACAGUGUCAUAAGUUUGAGUUAAAUUUAAAUACAAUUUAAUACUUGAACCAUACUUGAGACAGCUUUUUGAGGUCUUUUCAACGUUUCCAUAAUUCAAAUAUAUAUGUAUACUAGAAUUAUAAUUAAACACUGAGAAGUAUAUAUAUAUAUAUAUAUAUAUAUAUAUAUAUAUAUAUAUAUACAUUGCCAACCUUAAGACAAUGUUAAUUGCAAUUUUCGAUUUUUA